AUGGCUCACGACGGCGACCUUUUGCCUGAAGAUUUCGAACCUGGUGACGCAUCCACCGAUGACGAGUUCGGAGAAGAGGAAGGAGGUGGGGGUGAGGCCGAGGAGGUCGUAGAGCAUGAGGAAGACGAGGACGACGGUGACGAUGAUGGAUACGUCUAUCCGCCAUACCUCCCGUUGAUUCCCACCUGCGGACUAUGCAGAUUCUAUUUUGAGCCCGACAACUCCAAGGAGCCCGUUCCUCUUCGAUGCAUAUACGAUGUACCGCGUGUUGGCGAGGACUUUGGAGAUCGGGCGAUUCACGAGGAGUGCCUUGAAGCCUGUCGGAUCGGCGGCAGCGAUGCUGCUGCUCCUGAGGACCUGUGCAAGAUCGCCGGCGGUGUCCCAGACUUUGUUGAACCCCCGAUAUCUAUGACAAUUCGUCGCCAUCGCUGGAUCAAGCGAUCAAUCGCCCAAGACUUGCAACUUUCUGUGAGGGGCCGUCUCCCCCUGGAGAUAUGCGAAGCUAUUGCAGAAUAUUGCACACGACAACGGGCGGCACAGAUCAUCCGAGACAUACGACCCAAGGACGCCAAAUCCGUCAAGUACCUGCAAAGACUUCUUUUUGACUGUGAAGAUCCUUUAUGGGUUCAUUUUGUUGAGAUUGAAGGGGUUCGAUACGUCCGAUCUCUAUCCUAUUCUCAGCUAUUCCCAGACGAUACGCUACUCUUGCCUGCUGGUUACGAAGCGACUGCGUCGUUCAAUGUUUAUUUUGCCGAGGACUAUCGAGGCAUACGUCAAAUCCUUGCCACGCAGUCUGAUGAGGCUCCGUCGAUCGAUCGUGAGGCAGGACUUCACUGGGUCAUCUGCUGCCGCCAGCAAAGGACGCCCUUCUACGUUCGAUGGAAAAACGACGGCGUCAAACUCCGUGGUUUCGAUGUAACCAAGACCAAAAACAACCCGCCCGACUGGAAACGUAAACGCUGGGCUACUUUUCCCAUGCGCUUAGAUGCGUUUCCGCAACCCCCUAGAACUGGAAUCCCCGAGGACCUCGCCUACUACGACGCCGUUCAAGCAAACUCCCCUGGCGUCUGCGGCUAUUACUUUUACCUACCCGACGGACAUCUUCGCGGCAUAGUCACCCUUAAGCUACAGGAUUCGCCCACUGCCCACAUCGAUGAGUUUGAUCAACACUACCAAUGCGGGAUUUAUGUCCCUAUCGACCCGGACGAGCGAGUUUCCGCGCUAUGGAUGCGUAGAUAUACCCCGGAAGAUGGCCCAGACGUUUGGACGCUUAUAUUCCGCACAAGCAAAGGCCGUAGUCAUGUUCUUGGCCGCGAAAUAGGCACUGCUUGGGGCGAUGAUGACAGAACCGAAUCGAAGAAGUUUACCUACAUACCUAUUGCGAACUUGCCGAAGGGCCAAGCACGAAUGUUUUACAACUCGAAUUGGCAUCUGGGUCUUUGGCUGACUUUUGAAAAGCCCAGUCUCCUUGAUUCGUGGCUCGGUAUUAAAUCGACCACGCCUCCCACAAGGGAAUUCACAGUCUCGGUCCCUGGCCCUGACCCCUAUAACCCGGAACGCCUAGAUUACGGCAUACUGACAUGGGCUCCCCUCGAAGGUGUCAAAAGUCUUAGAGUGUGCCGGUCCUGGCAACCUCUUUGGGGAAGGCCCUCUAUGGGAAGAGCUCGGUGGGGGGAUGAUGUGGUUGGCCUCUUGCUAACUUACACUGACAGCACUCAAAGGUGCGUUGGGCAGGUCCGUCCAGAUAGUCUUGAAGACGCGGUCGAUGUUCGCUCAAAGAUUUGGCUUGGCUCUAUCGAAUCGUAUAUGACGCCAUUGAAGCCGUAUGAGUGGUUUCCCACCAAUAUGCAUAUCGACUGCGUUUGUGUGGACAAGCCAGGCCUUCGGGAGAGCUGUGCGUACCUCGAAGUGCCCCUGACAGGGCGUCUUGAGUGGCACUGCAGAUAUGGUCAUAGCUCUGUGGCCCAUUUUGACACUGGGAAGGCCUAUGAUGAGAUCAAUAUGGCUUUGGCUCAUGGAAUUGUAAAUAAUCUAAGCAACUAG